AAGAGUUUGUUUAACAGUGCAUAUAAUUGAAUUGGUAUAAAAUUGUAGUAUCUUGACGUCAAAGUGGCGAACUAAUUAUUUAAUUAUUGAAAAAUAACAUUCAGAGUAUUGAAUACGUUCACGGAGGUAUUUGAGUGGUGUUUAGAAAUGAUGCUUUCCUUCGCUUUCCUUCAAUGAUAUUUGAUAGAGGUUCACGUUAAGUACAACAACUAAUACAAUAUGACAGUGGCGCUGAAAUUCGACGUAAUGAGAUUAAUGUUUGUAGCAUUUUUAGGUUACGUUUUAACAGAUGAAAACGAAUAUCGUUUGGUUCGAGAUUUGAUGACUAGUUACGAUAAGCGAAUACGUCCGUCAGAAAAUCACUCAUGGCCAUUAAAUGUAACAUUCGAUGUUGCACUGGCGCAAAUUAUAGAUGUGGAUGAAAAGAAUCAGAUCAUUACAACGAAUUGUUGGCUUAACCAGGGAUGGAAAGAUUACAUGUUACGAUGGGAUCCUAGAAAGUACGGUAAUACCAGUGUUAUACGGCUACCAUACACUGAAGUUUGGAGACCAGAUAUUCUUUUAUAUAAUAAUGCAGACGUUACAUCGUCAGUAUCCACCGUCAGCACAAAUGUUAUUGUGACGUUUGAUGGAAAUAUCACGUGGUUAUCAAUGUGGAUAUUUAAAAGUUCUUGUUCAAUUGACGUUAAAUAUUUUCCAUUUGAUGUUCAGAAUUGUUCGAUGGAUUUUGCUUCUUGGGCAUUUGAUGCGUUUCAAAUUAAUAUUCAAAAUGAUGCAGAAAAGGGAGAUUUAACCAACUAUGUCAGCAGUUCAGAAUGGGAACUAAUUGUUUUCGACUUUCAGCGGCAAGUUAUCACAUUUUCCUGCUGCCCCGAACCCUAUGUGUUUAUAAAUUAUUUCUUUGUGAUUAAGAGACGACCAUUGUUUUAUAUGUUUAACCUUGUCAUGCCUUGUAUAUUGAUUACACUUGUUGCCUUGUUAGGAUUUUAUAUGCCAAGCGAAUCUGGCGAGAAAGUUUCUAUGGGAAUAACUACGUUGUUGUCAAUGACUGUAUUUCUGAUGAUUGUUGCUGACAGUUUGCCACCGUCAUCAUCUGAUGUGCCUUUAAUAGGUCUAUACUAUGGAAUUAAUAUUGCAAUAGUUUCAUUUGCAACUGCAAUGACAGUGUUUACAUUAAAUAUCCACCAUAAAGGUGCAAGAGGAUACGAAGUGCCGAAUAUAUUCCGAAAAAUAUUUUUUGGUGUCGUUGCAAAGUUAUUGUGUAUAAAACUAGACUUGCCACCUGAACCUGGAAUGGUUCCUGUGCCACAAAGUGAUUAUUAUAAGUAUGAUGACCAGUCAUCAGAAAAUGGUGGAAUUUCAACACGUUAUACAGGAAAAUUAAGCACCGGUGGUAAUGGAGAAAGUUGUGACAAUCAAUUUCUUAAAGUUUUACAUAAAGUGAACCAAACUAUUGAAAGGAAUGAAGUACGACUGGCGGAACAAGAUAGACGCGACUAUAUCAGACAAGAAUGGCAACAGUUAGCUCUAGUCAUUGACCGAAUGUUAAUGUUCAUAUUUAUUCUAGGUUUGUUCCUAUAUACCAUUGCUUUGUUUGCUCCUGGAAACAGAGACAUAAGUAACUUACCACCUGGUUUGUAGGAAUUGACGAAAAGGAGGUGAAAAGCAAAAGUGUCUGGUCUAAAUUAUGUUAGUGGUUCUCUUAUAGCAUAUCUAAAUGAUUUUGUUGAAAUGAAAGGAGAUUUCGGAUUGUUGGAAUGGACCAAGCAACUAAGCUAUACGUUGUUAUGACUGAUGCACACAACAUCUUAAAUUCAGUGCGACCAACAGCUUGACAUAGUGUAACAUACACCUGUCACUCUUAUUUAUUAUUUUUAUUUUAUAUUUUGAAAUUGAUGACUACUAAAAAACCUUAUAUACAAACGGUAGUCUAUUUUUACCAGGAACAUAUAUAUCGUAUACUGUUCCAAGUUUUGUACUUAAAUUAAAUAUUAAGAAUGUCAUAUUAUAUAAGGAAUAUACAACUCGUCUAAACAUUAACCCAACAAUAUAAUGAUAUAUAAUUUGAUAUAUUAUAUUAGACAAAUAGCCAAAAUAUAGCCAACAAUUUUUUUUUUUAAUGAAUAACUUAAAACAAAGUCUGUUUGUUGCUGUUUAAGUAAUAUAUAGAGGUCUUUUUGAUCAGGAUAAUUUGUCUAACCUGGUGCUAAAUGUUAUGUACAUUGGAUCAAAUAGUAUGUAUAAAUGUAAAUGUCUGUGAUUGUGUACAAUGAUGCACAGAUUCUCAUAUCAUAUAUAUCGUGUUGAGCAUGAACUUUUGUAGAUAUAGAAAUUUUAUCAUUUAAACAUAGUGUGCAAUUCGAAA